AUGCAGGGUCUUAGAAGAAAAGAAGACAAACAACAUCCGGCUCCGCACUCACCUUUUCGACAUUGCUGUUCUCCUGCCUUGACGUACGCCUCGGAGACUUGGACUCUACGGAAGCAUGAUGAGCAUGCUGCCAGCGUUACUCAACAAGCUUUGGGAAGGACGAUGCUCGGAAUCUCCUUAUUCACGCAAGUGCAGAAGAGAAUCCGGAGUCCCGAGCUCCGUCAUCGAACGAAAAUCAGGGAUGCCUUUGAUUACGCCAAGAAAUCGAAGAUCAGGUGGGUGGACACGUUAUGCGAUAUAAUGAUGACCGUUGACGAAAGGACUGUUGGACCUCGUGUCCCUGAGCCGAGUACGAUUUACCGGAGCAUUCUGGCUUGUGAUAGGGACGAAUGGAGACGUUACUGGCGUCCGCUCAAGGAAAUCGACGAUCAACGGGACGACAUGUGA